CGGCCUUGCGUUUCCGGAUCCACCGUAUACCAUACGCGUUUUUAAAUAUCAUGCAGCGAAGCCCGCCCGCGUAUAUCCGAUCCAUAUAAAAGCUACUUGGUGCUUUGAUCUGUACUCAUUCCCCGAGAUUCACUUGUCAAAGCAGCAAUGGCAGCUAAGUUGGUUGUAGUACUCGCCGGCCUCGUCGCCGUGGCCCACAGCUCCGUGGUGCCAGUGGCUCACGUCGCCGCAGCAGACACCGACUACACAAGCUUCGCGUACGACGUGGCGGACCCCUACACCGGCGACUUCAAGAGCCAAGUCGAAACCCGCGUGGGGGGCAACGUGCAGGGACAAUACUCCCUCCUCGACGCCGACGGCACCAAACGCACUGUGGACUACACCGCUGAUGAUGUGAACGGAUUCAACGCUGUCGUGCGUAAGGACCCCGCUGUUGUCGCGACCCCUGUAGCCGCUGUUGCUCCCGCCGUCGCUCCCGCUGUCGUCGCGGCGCGUGUCGCUGCCCCCGCUGUGGUCGCAUCUGCCCCCGCUGUAGUUGCCUCCGCCCCAGCGGUAGUCGCUGCUCGCUACGCUGCUCCGUACUACGCUGCCUCUGCCCCGGUGUACGCUGCUCGUGCCUACGCUCCUUCCGUAUACGCUGCUGCCGCCCCAGUCGUUCGUACCGUUGCUGCGCCUGCAGUUUACGCUUCUCGUAUCGCCACUCCGUACUACGCAUCAGCUCCAUCGGUUGUCGCUGCCCAAACCUACGCUGCCCCCAGCGUAGUUGCUUCUCCCUCUCUCUACGCCUCAGCCCCCUGGGUAGGUAACUACGCCGCCCCAUACUACAACUCCUACGGUGUCAAAUCCCUCCCUCUUAACUACUGGUGAAUCACAACGAAGCCUUUAAAAGGCAUAUCUUAGUCUUAGCAAUACGAAACUGCCUUGUAAAUAAUAUUAUUUUGUAUAUAUUAUGAAUAUGUAAUAUGUAUGUGAAAAUGAUAAAUUAAACGAACUUCCAGAAUA